UUGAGUUUUCCUACAAGAAGUGAGCUGCCUAGGUUUUUAUUCAUAAAAAUGAGUCGUGUAAGCAUGAAGCUCCCUUUGAUUGAUUUGAGCAACCUAGGAGAAAAUGAUUCUCCAAGGUGGGAAUCAACCAAAACCCAAAUUCGUGAAGCCCUUGAAGAAUAUGGGAGUUUUGAAGCUACAUUCAAUAACAUUAUUCCUCUUGAGUUGAGGAAAUCAGUUGGUGAUGGUAUUCGACAACUUUUUGAUCUCCCUUUAUCCAUCAAACAACUCAACAAAAAUUCACCCAAAACUUACAAUGGCUAUGUUGGACAAAAUGAUUACGGUCGACUCGUGGAAAGUACGGGCGUCAAUGGCGUCCUCUCGUCUCACGCAGUCGACACCUUCACCAACCUCAUGUGGCCUGAUCAAGGCAAUCCCACUUUCAGCAAAGAUAUACAGUUAUAUUGUGAGAAACUGUCUGAACUAGACAAGAUUGUGAGGCGGAUGGUGGUGGAGAGUCUUGGACUGGAAAAAUACAUAGACGAACACAUGAACUCCACGGUUUACCGCUGUCGUUUCCAGAAGUACGUGGCACCUCGAACGCCUAACUCAAUGCUCGGAUUUUUUUCCCAUACAGACAAGAACAUCAUCUCCACAUUGCAUCAGCUCAAUCAUGUUAACGGUUUGCAGAUUCUUACCAAAGAUGGCAAAACUUGGAUCCCUGCAGAUCCAACAUCACUCGAUUCAUUCGUUGUCUUUGUCGGGAGCUCUUUCCAUGCAUGGACAAACGGGCAACUGCAUGCUCCAAUCCACAGGGUGGUGGUGAGCGGGGAUGAAGCUCGAUACUCUAUCGGAUUGUUUUCGAUUCCGAAAGAAGGGUACAUGAUUAAGACUCCGGAAGAGUUGGUGAAUGAAGAUCACCCUUUGCUCUACAAUCCUUUUGAUUACUAUAAGUUCCUUGAUUUUAUCUACACAAAUGCUGAUGCUAGUAGGGCUUCGCCGGAUCCUCUCAUUGAAUAUUGUGGAGCCUAAAUUCCAUGAUUACCAGCUUAUAUGUCCGCUUGUUUGGGUGUUUAAUUUCUUGUUUAUUUACUGCUAUAAUAAAAGAAGCUCUUGAUGCUUCAAAUAAAUGUGAUAGAUAAGCUCAUUUCCGGGUUUUCUUUGUUGGUUCUUUCCCGGAUCGCGAAAGAAGAGUUGAACCGCAUAUUAGAUAGAUAGUAUAUAUUUGGAGUUUGUAUUCAUUCAUAAUGUUGAAAUACAUCAUCUUAC